ACUGAUUAGUGUACAUAGUAGACUAACCAAAUUCAAGGAAUUAAACACAGAAAAUGAGAAAACUCAGCAAAUGUCAAAACUAUCAACCACUUGAAUUUAAAUUUCCAAGCUUUCUUGCUAAAAAAAGAGUAGAUAAACAAAUCAAUCAACCACCAUUAAAAUAAAGCAUAAUCAAUUUCUCCAUGUUCAUCUCUUAACCCAACUCAUGCUAUCAUCAAUUCUUCGAAAACUACCCUCACAAUUCAACCUACACAUACCAAUACCAUUUAUACCAAUACCCAUUAAACAAAAUCCAUCAUCAACUUUCUCUCUCUUAAUGGAUUCCCACUCCCCCAUUUCAUCUUCUCUAAGACUCUCCGCCUUAGCACAGCAGCUCCGCCUCUACAAACCCCCGUCACCAAUCGAUGACGACGAUGCCGCGGACAUCGAAGAAGUGAGUGGCAAGGUUGUAGCACAAGUUGGAUUUGCUCAAUCUACCAACCCAAUUGGUCAGGAUUUGGAGAAGGUCAGAGAAUUUAAGGAAGAUGAUGGAGAAAGAUUUAAGCCUAAAAGAGCUGCUGUUCUUGUUUGUCUUUUUGAAGGGAUUGAUGGGGAUCUUCGUGUUAUUCUUACUAAACGAUCUUCUCGCCUUUCCACUCACUCUGGGGAAGUGGCAUUGCCUGGAGGAAAAGCUGAGGAGGGUGACAAGGAUGAUAGGGAUACUGCAACAAGGGAGGCAAAGGAGGAAAUUGGUUUAGACCCAUCGCUGGUGAAUGUUGUGACCACUCUUGAGCCAUUUUUGUCUAAGCAUCUCUUGAAGGUGGUACCAGUUAUAGGGAUACUGUCCAAUAAAGAUGCAUUCAAGGCAGAUCCAAAUGCUGCUGAGGUAGAAACAGUAUUUGAUGCUCCCUUGGAAAUGUUCAUCAAGGAUGAUAAUCGCAGAGCAGAGGAAAGAGAAUGGAUGGGAUACAAAUAUUUGAUUCAUUUUUUUGAUCAUGAAACAGACAACAAAAAGUAUGUGAUAUGGGGCCUUACCGCUGCAAUUUUGAUUCGAGUAGCAUCAGUUGUUUAUCAAAGACCACCACCUUUUCUGGAGCAAAACCCCAAAUUUAAGGUUCCUAGCUCUGCUGAUAAAGACACUGUUAUGCGUUGAAUUGAUUGAAAAUAAAUUUCAGCUACAUCUACAUCUCUUAGUUCUAUCCAAAGUAGAACACAGGAGUGUGCAAUAUGUAUGUAGAGGUAUUUAAUAAUAGCUGAAUGCUGAAAGCAAUAAUAUAUAAUCCUAGUAGGUCUGUUUUGGAUGUGUCAUUUUUUCUGUUAGUAAUGCAAUUGGUAAAA